AUAUCAAGAGUUCAAAACCUAGGCUUGAAGACGCCACUCCCCAGCCAUCUUCUAAGCUUCCCCUUUUCCAAUUCCCCUCUUUCCUUCUUCAAACACAAUAAUACUAAACACCAUGGUCGGAUCUUCACUUGACACCCUCAAACCCUCCACCACCAUCAAGUUCCUCUGUAGUUACGGCGGCAAGAUUCUCCCCCGUUAUCCUGAUGGUAAACUCCGUUAUCUCGGUGGCGAAACCCGCGUCCUUGCCGUUGACCGCUCCAUCUCUUUUACUGAGUUGUUGUUGAAGCUUGGAGAGUUGUGUGGAACAUCAGUGAGUCUUCGCUGUCAAUUGCCGACGGAAGAUUUAGACGCUCUGGUUUCGAUCACCUCUGAUGAGGAUCUGGCCAAUCUCGUUGAGGAAUAUGAUCGAGUAGCAUCACCUCCAGCUUCUUUAAAGAUCAGAGCCUUUCUUUCACUGCCAAAAUCAUCCAAAAAAAUCUCAUCCUCACCUCCAUCAUCAUCUUCUUCGUCGCCAAAAUCAUCUACUUACACAGCUUCAACUUCUACCACCAGGUUUACCGUUAACGAUAACUGCCUCCGUCAUAUCCCAGCUCCAGUAGCCUUUCCUCUCCACUAUGAAAAAUCUGCCGCAAAGAGUACCACUCCUCAUCAUGCUUAUAAUUGUGCUCAUGGAAACCCUAGCCAGAUCUACCUCAUUCAUAACGGGAACUACUGGCAAUAAUACUCGGAACUGAGACCAGAAAUAUGAAGGACAUUUUAAUUUUUUUUUUUUCAAAAAAGAAAAUAGGCAAAGUUGAAAAAUAUAUAAUAUACAAUAUAUUAUAUAUGUAAUGGCAUGGGACUGUAAAUCUUUAAGGAUUGGUUUCUUUUGAUGCGUGGCCAUUAAUGAAUUUUCAGUCCAAUUUCGUUUUGGAUCCAAAUUUAUGUGAUGGCUAUGAAGUGAAACUGAUUAUGGAGGAGCAAGCUUGAGGCUGAUGGCCAAAGAAUUUCAAGGACUUGGUUUGAAAUAAGUCCUUGAAAUUCGGGACAGGUAAGUAAUUCCUUUUUAUAUUUCCUCUUCUUUACUCUGUUAGCUUCUCAUUAUUAGCAAGCAAUCCAAAAUCUUUUCUUUAAUCUAUAAAUUAAUAUUUCAAGAUCUAUAUUUAUAUGUUUGAUUGACAUCUUCUUUUUGCAAUGGGGCAUCAAUAAAUGGUAUGAGGUGUAUAGGACUUUAUUCAUCUGACCAAUUGCCUCGAGAAAUAAUGUAAUGGAUUGUAGUGAUCGAAAUGGGCAAGGCAGUGGUAGCUAAUUUGGGUUCAAAUCUACACAAAUAAAUCCAAAAAA